GUUCAAGGCCAGCCCUGGUCUACAUGUUCUGCCAAUCGAGGAUCCUCGGUUGCUCAGCCCCUGAAGACGGGAGUUUCGCACGCAUGCGCAUGUCAUCCAGGGGAGGCCUGCUGUCCAGACAGGAAGAAAUACUGGCUCUCUAGGAUCCAAACAUUGAAGAGGAGCAGCCAUCAGUUCUCAUCCUUGCCAGCCGGGAGCUGGAGCAGAAGGUCAUGAACUCAUCAAAGGAGAACUCCAUAGAUAAACUCCUAAUAGCAUGCUUGGGCUAAAGUCUUCAAUGAAUGACCCUUGUGGGGACACUUCACAUCAAAGCAUAAUACCCGAGAUACUGCAGGAGAACCAGGCAGGCCCUGUUCUUAUCCUGACCCUUGUGGAGGAAGACAUGGAAGAGGAAGUCAGCCUUUGACUCCAGGAAUGGAAGCCUUAGCUGGUCAUCUCUGAAAGGGACGUGUGUGAGCGAGGAGACACGCCCGGGACGGAUGAGGGCAGCUAGUGUCCAGCCCUGUGUACAGGACAGGCGGCUGCACGUGUGUGCAGCACCCUCUCCUGUAAAAGCAGCGUAUGCAGAUGGGCUAGCCACUGAGCUCGGGUGGUGGAAGCCAAGAAGGGCACGUGUCUGUGAAGAACAGCAGCGUUGGGUUUGCCCCUUCACAGCCUCUCCAGGUUGCGGAAAAGAAGAGGGGGUGGAGGCUGCUGUGAGAAGGGAAAAAAAAAGAAAAAACAAAACCCAGCCACAACUGCUAUUAGAGAUUGGCUCACCACCCGAGUGGAAGUACUGUGGCUGCUGCCCAGAGCACACAGGAGGCACCAGCGGCUGGGGCUCAGGAAAGGUCUCUCUAGGCAGUAGCCAUGGCUUGGCCACCUCCCUACUGGCUCUGCCUGCUGGGGACCUUGGUAGGGCUCUCGGCUACCUCAGCUUCCAAGAGCUGCCCAGCCAGACAUUACCGGACUCCGGGAGGACUCUGCUGCCAGAUGUGCAAGCCCGGUACUUUCCUUGUGAAAGACUGCAGCCAGAACAGAACAGCUUCUCAGUGUGACUCGUGCCUACCGGGUGUCUCCUUCUCUGCAGACUACCAUGCCCGGCGCCACUGUGAGAGCUGCAGGCAUUGUAACUCUGGUCCUCUCAUUCGCAACUGCACAGUUACUGCCAACGCCGAGUGUGCCUGCUCCAAGGGCCUGGAGUGCAGGGACAAGGAAUGUAUGGAGUGUGACCCUCCUCUAAAGCCUGCGCUGACCACACAGCCGUCGGAGGCCUCGGGCUCACACCCUCCACCCACCCACCUACCUUAUGCCCAAGUGAUGCCGGAGCCCAGGACGAUCUGGCCUGCACACACCAGUCAGCCUCCUGACUCAGCUCUCUACACCCACUGGCCAUCCCGGAGACCCCUGUGCAGUUCAGACUGUAUCCGAAUCUUCGUGACCUUCUCCAGCAUGUUUCUUGUCUUCAUCCUGGGAGGAAUCUUGUUCUUCCAUCAAAGAAGGAAUCACGGAUCAAAUGGAGAUGACCAGGCGGAACCUGAAGAGACCUGUCCUUACAGCUGCCCCAGGGAGGAGGAGGGCAGUGCCAUCCCCAUCCAAGAAGACUACCGGAAACCUGAGCCUGCUUCCUACCCCUGAGCCAGCACGGGGUGGGGUCCUUUCCACUGAGGCACCAUCCAGGGGGAUCUCCCCUACCAUCUACCAUCGUCAUCAGAACCCUUUCCUGUGUACACGUGACACACCGCCCUUCUGAGACUGAGAGUGACG